AUGACUCCAAUUUUCACUUCAUUGGGACUAUUCAUCAUCGAUGAAAACCACUACCCCAGAUCUUGGAAAAGGGAAACGGAGUACAAUAUAAUUGGAGGUGGUGUAUCAUAUGCUGUUAUUGGAGGAAGAAUUGCAUCGGGUCCCAACUUGGCGAAAGGUAUAUGCGGUAUAGUUGACAAAGGCACAGAUUUUCCGCCAGAGAUAGAAGAGGAGAUUAACGAAUGGGGCACGGGAAUUGUUUUCCGAUCCGACAGUUCUAGACUUACCACGAGAGGUGCAAAUAUUUAUGAUGAAAAGGGCAUUCGUAACUUUGUAUACCGAGCACCUAAGAAAAGGAUUGAGGCCCAUGAUAUCUUGAUAACAAGCAAUUUGAUUGAACUGAAAAGCUUUCACUUCUGCUGUGCUGUGGACAGAUGCGAAGAAACCAUCGAUCUUUUCACAAGCGAAGCUAUGAAAGGAGGCAGACCAAAACCUUUGUACAUUUUUGAGCCUUUUCCAGAUGUAUGUAUUCCGGACAACUUUGAACAGUUGGAUCGAAUGCUACACAAAGUGGAUAUUUUUUCUCCAAACCUCCACGAGGCUGCGUCCUUUGCUGGAUUAGAUAAUGAUCCAGAGACAGAGGAAGCAAUAAAAGAAUUGGCGUCCCUCUUCUUGAAGCACUGUUCACAGACAGGGGGAGUAGUAAUAAGAUGUGGACAUAUGGGCUCAUUUAUAAUGACUCAUGACUUCUCUAUAAUGCUUCCAGCAUAUCACAACAAUCAAGCCAAAGUCAAGGAUGUCACAGGAGGAGGAAAUUUCAUAUUGUGGUGCUUUCGUUACAACAUUAGCCUUAUCAAGGAAAUUGGCUUCUAG